CCCGGGUGCAAGCGCCUGGAGUUCUCUAUGGAUGUCAAGGCGACUCCCAACGGGGUGGCCACCAUCGAGGACAGAAUCUUAAGGAUCACGGGCUAUUAUGGCUAUUAUCCGGGAUAUUCCAGCCAAAAAAGUACCUCUAGAUCAUCUGUCAUCCGAUGCAAACCAGGAGCCAACUGCCCCAAUUCGCACAGUAGCAUUGUUAGGCAGCUGUCCCCUUUGUCUGGUGCUGAAGAUUCUGCAGCCCCCAUUCUUGAACUCCAGAAUCGAGGUUCCUCUGGAGUUUGUGGACACAGCAGAGGGGAAAGACAGAACAGAUCAGGAGAUGAGGGGGCACAGACCCAUCCAGACAGCAAUAGCCAAGAAAACAGAGUCAAGACUCGCUGCCAGUCAUGUGCAACUCUCUUUCUCAAGGUCGUCUGGGGAUUCUUGAUCAUUUUGUCUGUCUCAUCCUCUUGGGUUGGAACCACACAGAUUGUAAAGAUCACAUAUAAGAACUUCUAUUGUCCAUUUUUCAUGACUUGGUUUUCAACAAACUGGAACAUUAUGUUUUUCCCAGUCUAUUAUUCUGGCCAUCUGGCUACUGCUCAAGAAAAACAGUCUCCAAUUAAAAAAUUCAGGGAAUGCAGUCGGAUUUUUGGCGAAGACGGUUUGACAUUGAAGCUCUUUCUUAAAAGGACUGCUCCCUUUUCUAUCCUAUGGACUUUGACUAAUUACCUGUAUUUACUGGCGUUAAAGAAACUGACAGCCACAGAUGUCUCUGCCCUGUUCUGUUGUAACAAAGCAUUUGUCUUCUUACUUUCUUGGAUUGUGCUGAAAGACAGGUUCAUGGGAGUAAGGAUAGUUGCUGCAAUAAUGGCAAUCACGGGCAUCGUGAUGAUGGCAUAUGCUGAUAAUUUUCAUGCUGAUUCAAUCAUAGGAGUGGCAUUUGCUGUUGGAUCUGCAUCUACUUCUGCUUUGUAUAAGGUUUUAUUUAAGAUGUUUCUUGGAAGUGCCAACUUUGGUGAAGCGGCCCACUUUUUUUCCACCUUAGGUUUCUUUAAUUUAAUCUUCAUCUCCUUCACACCAAUCAUCCUAUAUUUUACCAAAGUGGAGCACUGGUCAUCUUUCUCAGCCCUACCAUGGGGCUGCCUCUGUGGAAUGGCAGGGCUAUGGCUCGCAUUUAACAUCCUGGUCAACGUUGGAGUUGUGCUGACAUACCCAAUCCUCAUCUCCAUCGGCACUGUGCUCAGUGUUCCCGGGAAUGCAGCUGUGGAUCUCCUGAAACAGGAGGUGAUAUUCAAUGUUGUCCGGCUGGCUGCCACCAUUAUCAUUUGCCUCGGGUUCCUACUGAUGUUGUUGCCUGAAGAGUGGGAUGAAAUCACUCUGAGAUUCAUCAAUAACCUGAAAGAAAAGAAAAGCGAAGAGCGUGUAGACGACACGACUGAGUCCAGUGUACAUUUAAGAAGCAGGAGCAGAGCUAAUGGCACAGUGUCUAUACCCCUCGCUUAAAAAAGCGACCAACUUCUGAAUGCACGCGGAUGUAUAUUCUGUGAAUAUAAUUUUCUCACUACUUGUAUGCUCAAAUGACAGUAUUAACCUUGAAUCGGAAUGAAUCACAAGUGAAGUGACAUUAACAAUAAAAGUUUACGUUUAUACACUUAGCAAGUUACAAGUGUA